AUGUCGUCUUUGGCGCCAGCGGAUGAACUAACAGAUGAAGAGCUAAAAGCGUUAGAAUCGACGUUCGAGGCGAUCGACGUGAAAGAGGCCGCGGAGACUGUCGGCUUCGCAUCGAUUGCCGUGCAGGUUUUCACCGCGAUCGGUAAAAACGGACUCAAGCCGGGCAUGCGGUUCGGAAAAGCGGAAGUGGCGAAGUUGUACGCUGGCACGACGGCCGAAUCCUUCGAGGAGGACCUUGUGAGAAAGCCGGGAACGGGAAGGCCGAAGCGCCUGAUUCGGGAACGCUCGCCAUCCCCCUCAACGGCAAAGCCAAAGAUGUUGACGCGGUCGAAGCGAGAAGACGCCACGAAGGAAUACCCGCCCUGUGUCCGCUGCAAAUGCACCAGUUUUCGCGUGGUUGACCCGGGCCGGCCGGACAGGAAACGUGUAAUCGAGUGCCGAAAUAUGGACUGCCUGGCCUCGAUCGCCUACACCGAAUUGGAGGAGGGCGAGCUGCUCGGAGCGCAGGAAGAGGUGGAAUACGGCUGGUACCUGCGUGAUUGGGAGGAGAUCUACUACCCGAAAGUCAACGAGGAGCAACGGUGGAUUGGCAGUUUAUGUGACAUUCCCCCUGCAACGGUGACAAUUCGUCGAGACGCCGACAAUCGCCCCCAAGUCAUGGUCCCAUUCCAGCGGCAACUCGUCUCUUUGUUG